AUCUGGUGGAGUUGCCAUACAUAUACGCACACACAUACGGGCCUCGCGCUAUUCGCUGCUACGCUUGUGCGCUGGGGUUUAUUAUGAUGAUAUGGCGCGCGUUGAUGGGUACACAAGUCCGUAUCGUGCUUGUACCACACACAUGCAGAAUAUAACCGAAACGGGUAGUGUGUGUAUAUCAUGAGUCGCGACGUGAAGCCGUUCCCCGCUGAACGACUGCUAUAUUAUACACAAGUAUACGACAGCGAAAUAGCACACACGUAUGGGGAUACGCACACACGUACGAACAAGCGUCAAGUAGCGUAUAAUUAUAAUUCAAAGCGAGUUUAGAUGUGCCGAUAAUUAAUUAUACACGCCGUCGGGCAGCGAUCCAUAAUAACUGCGUAAUGUUGACGUUAAGGCAGCAGCGCAUCGCGGUAGUCGUCGUUGAUCAUCGACUCGACUCCGAUACAGUACGAGUGGAUCGAGCUCCGCAGCAAUCGUUUCGACCUUUUUCAGUGAGCAGCAAUAACACAGUGUUGAAGCUUGACCAUAAAUGAGCUAUAUUACGAUCGUGCCCGAGGAGCGUCUGCUUUCCAAACUUCGAGCUUUCCCAUCGAUCUCCAUGGAUCUCGAGCGAUGAUUCGACGACGCGACGAAGGGGAAGAAUCAUCAUGAGUGCGAGCAGUGAGUCAUACGUGAUCAUUUUCCACCCUUAUCGUCGUUGUGCUGCUAGCUGCUGUCAUCGUCGACGAUAGAGCUAGAUACACACGCACGCACACACACACACAGAAAGAAGAUGUUGGAGGUGGGCCUGCGCGUCGUUCGCGGCAAGGAUUGGAGAUGGGCCGACCAGGACGGCGGCGAGGGUCACGCUGGCACCGUGGUGGAGAUUGGCAAGCCAGCCAGCACGACUCCUGGUGGAGGAGGCACGGCCGCAGUGGCUGGCUCCAAUGUCAACAGUCUGGUCGACAAGACACCGGACAAGACUGUCAUCGUACAGUGGGAUCGAGGUGUCAGAAGCAAUUAUCGCAUAGGCUACCAGGAGGCAUAUGACCUGCUGGUAUUUGACAAUGCAGCUGCAGGAGUCAGACACCCCAACAUUAUCUGUGAUGGUUGUUCGGUGCAUGGUAUCAUUGGCAUAAGGUGGAAGUGUUCUCAGUGCUCGGACUAUGAUCUCUGCACUCAGUGCUACAUGUCUGAUGUUCAUGACUUGGAGCAUACUUUUAUUAGAUUUUUUACUUACAAAUCCGUAGGGGUUGACUUACCUCCAAGAAAAAACUGUACAAAAAUACUCUUGAAGGGAAUAUUUAUAGGAGCCAAAGUGAUGAGAGGACCAGAUUGGGAAUGGGGCGAGCAAGAUGGUGGAAGAAGAAAGACUGGCAGAGUUAUAGAUAUACGUGGAUGGGACAACGAGAGCUGUAGAUCGGUAGCUACAGUCACCUGGGUGUCAGGAAGCACAAAUGUUUAUCGACUAGGUUACAAAGGUUGCGUAGACUUAUCCUACAUAGAGGAAGCAACCGCCGGUACUUACUAUAAGGAACACUUGCCUCAUCUGGGACAUCCUCAGAACAUGCAAACCGUUAAUAAAAACGUCACAGGGAACGCAGUCAACAUAUCAAACUUACCCAGUCCCAAUCACGUACAGAAAUUUAUGGUGGGCGACAGAGUCAAGGUUCUCAUUGAUAUUGAGACUUUGAAGGGUAUGCAGGCGGGUCAUGGUGGUUGGAAUCCUCGCAUGGCCGAUUACGUUGGAAAAAUCGGCACAGUUCACAGAGUCACGGAUAAGGGAGACAUCAGAAUACAGUAUGAGGGCUGCAACAAUCGCUGGACGUUUCAUCCGGGCGCGCUGACGAAGAUCGUGAGUCGCGAGAACUUCAAAGUCGGCGACGUCGUCAGAGUGAAAUCGGACAUGAGCGCGGUCAGGCACUAUCAGCGAGGUCACGGAGAAUGGAUCGACGCGAUGAAAGUCGUUCUCGGAAAGACUGGCAAAAUCAUCAAGACCUAUCCGGACGGCGACGUGAGAAUCGAAGCGGGCGGUCAAUCCUGGACGUUCAACCCUCUCUGCGUCACCCUCGUUCCAGCUGGUGACUCUUCUUUACUGAACGAGUCUUUGAAUUCUUCGCACAACAACAGCAGCAGCAGCUCGCCGGCCAGCGGCAGCAGCAGUAGCAACGCGACGGACGUCGAGGUCGAGAAGCUACUGCGAGACGCGGUGCGCGGCAAGGCGGCCAUACCCGCGAUCAAGGAGUUCCUGCGCAAGCAUCCGGGCAAGGUGGACGCUCGCGCGGGUCCCAGCGGGGGUCGCAAGACCUGUCUGCAGGUCGCCGCUCAUCAGGGUCAGCGUGAGCUGUGCCAUCUGCUUCUCGAAGCUGGCGCCUCGCUCACGGUCACCGACGACGACGGCGACACCCCACUGCAUUACGCGGCUUUCGGCAAUCAAGCGGAAAUAAUGGAGCUGCUGUUAUCGCGCGGUGCCGUGAUAGACGCCGUCAACAACGGCCUGUGCAGCGCCCUGCACGUAGCCGUCAACAAGCAGCACCCGGAGUGCGUGAGGACGCUGCUGCGGCACGGCUGCGACGUCAAUCUCCAGGACUCGUACGGCGAUACGGGCCUGCACGACUCCAUCGGCAAGGAGUCCACCGAGAUCUUCGACGCGCUGUGCUCGACGAGCCGCUUCGAUUACACGCUCAGAAACAAGCGCGGCUUCAACGUGCUGCAUCACGCGGCCCUGAAGGGCAACGCCAGAGCCACCGAGCGACUGCUGAUGCGGGCCCGGCAACUGGUCGACGUGAAGAAGGAGGACGGCUUCGCGGCGCUGCAUCUGGCCUCGCUCAACGGUCACUGCGACGUCGCCGCCAAGCUGCUGGCGGAGAACAUCGGCAAGGCCGAGGUGAAUCUGCGCAACAAUCGCGGCCAGACGCCCCUGCACUUGGCCGUUUCGCAGGGCCAUUUGGCGCUGGUGGAGCUGCUCGUGGCUAGGCACAAGGCCGACAUCUUUUGCCAGGACGAGGACGGCGACACGCCACUGCACAUCGCCGUGACCAAGUGUCGGCAGCACAGCAGUUCGACGAUACGUCACUCGUUGAAUCCAAGGGUCGUGCCGCAUCUGCAUCAGGUUUACUACGAGAUAGUGGCUCAAGGAUCGAAUAUGCCGGCGUCUGAACUCUUAGUCAUCUGUUACUUCUCAUCGAGAGACCCGACCGGUAAUUUACUUCAACUGCAAAAUAAAGACGGCGAAUCGCCGCUCAGCUUGAUGCUCGCCGACCAGAAACUCGCGCCUCACGUCGAUUUUGCCCGAGCUUAUAAAUUGAGACCGAGAGAGCCUCUGCCUUCGAGUCGGCAAGAUACCAUCGUUGUGGAGAUGGGUGGCUUGCAUAUCGCCGACGCCAAUUGUACCGGUGAGGUGAAUCAACUGGGACGCAACGACGGCGGUUACGCCACUCGGCUACAAGACUCUCAAUUGAACGAGGAAGAGCUGAAGAAAGAGAUCGAGAAGGAGAAAUCGAAGAGUCGAAACUCCGAGAUGAACGACAAAUUCGACAGGGAUAAAAAUUUGGAAAGGCUGCGAUACUUGGAGACGAGGAUAGCCGACCUAGAGGACGCCAACAAUUGCGGCAUCUGCAUGGAGAAGCAGCGCAACGUGGCGUUUCUGUGUGGCCACGGCGCCUGCGAGAAGUGCGCCGCCCCGUUGACGACGUGCCACAUGUGUCGCCAAACUAUUACCAAAAAAAUCAAUCUCUACUGAAACUACAUAUACAAUCGAUUUUUUUAACAAACUGAACUCAUAUCUAUAGGCUUUAACGUUAGGUAUUUUAAAUAGAGAUUUGCAUUUUUUUUAAAUUCGCGUCGUUUUAUUCGACUGACGCACAUCCUUAGCUAGGCUUUCAUUAUAUUGUGAAUAAGAAAAAUAAUAAACGCUGUAAUGAAUUUUUGCAGCGGCUGACUGGUGCAAUUAAAAAAAAAAGAGAGACAGGAGUCAAUUUAAUCAAAUCUACGGACACAGAUAAAACAACAAUCUUUAAUCGCUAUCGCCCGCCCCCUUCCGCUGCAGCUGUGCAAAGCUAAGACAUUUUUUAUACUUACCCGCUGACGGAUGCCAAAAAAAAAAUUAAUUUGCGUCGCAAAAAUUUUUCAAAGCGCUUUUUCUACGUUGUAAAAAAAAUCCAAUCGCGAACUUUUUAUAGCAUAUACCGUAUCGUGCCAUAAUUGUAAAUUUGACUUGAUUUUUACAUUUGAAAGAAGAAAAAAUAAUGGUGAAACGUGUAGAAUUAGGGCACUUUUUUAACUUGAUCCUUCCCGUCCAAUUGUACGCGCCACUCCAUUGAACCUUUUUGAUAUUAUGUUCAUUGAUCGUUUUUCAAUAAUCGACAAUUGAUUUACGAUUGUGUCUCUUGUCUUGUGACUCGAUUUUUUUCGAGGUUCGUAAUAUUAGUUAUUAAAAGGAGUUCGCUUUGUAGAUGAAAAAAAUAUUUUUUAGGAAUUAUUUAUGUAAUACGUUUUCGAGUGAAUUUGGGAGUGUGAAACUUUAGGAAAUAAAUAUUAAAUUGGUAUUCAUUUCAACUUGCACUAAAUCUUAGUGUACUUUUAUUAAUUUUUAUAAUCGAUGCACUGCUUUAUUUUAUUGUACAUUAUUUGUAAAUAUUAUCUCAAAUUGUUUUUAAACUAUAUUUUAGUUAAUAUCACUGAACGAUUUUAGAAAUUUCAGAAAUAUUAAAAAUUUUUCACAUGUACAGAACAAAAUUUUUUAAAAUGGAAAAUUGUUCGAAA